GCUGCCGGUAGCGGAGAAACCCCCACGGUUUGGCCUUGAUCCGGCACGGCCGGCUGUGAAUCAGGCCCMGAAAACCGCGCCGGGUGAUCGUUCAGGCCUUGCGAAAAAUACCCCCCSGGGAGGAAAAGCCUAUCCGAGAAAGGGGGGUACGAGUGUGCCACCACCGGAGCGGAUCGAUSGAUSGAACUAGUGGGAAAGGAUUCUGACGGCACGGAGAAGCCCACUGCUGCGCACACAAAACUACGUACUCGCACAUACCGCCACACUCGGUYCCAUUCCGGUGCAAACAACAGAAAACCACACCAUGGGCGACCAACAGCAGGAACAACACGACGAGGCCGGGGAGAGGUACGACUUCUGCAUCGUCGGCGCCGGCCCGGCGGGCCUAGCCACCCUGUCGGCCCUGAGCGAAUCGUACUCGCUGGGGGAGAACAUCCACCUGAACGACGCACAGUGGGCCAUCCGGGCCCUGAACAAAAAGGCAAGGGCCAACAAGCAAAAACAACAACAACGCAGGAAGAAACGCAUCUGUGUCGUCGACCCCAACCCRAACUGGCUUCACUCGUGGGACAAGAAUUAUGAAACGCUGGAGAUCGAGUACCUGCGGUCCCCGGUCAAGGCCCACCCCGACGCCUUUGACGUCAACUCUCUUUUUGCCUACGCCCACUCGAGCGGCCGGAGCGAGUCCGAGCUGAAGGAGAGCCGCUCGCUGGGGGGACUGGCGGGAAACAAGAAGCUCCUGCCGCUGGGAGAGGCGCAGGUGGGGAUGUGGGACCUGCCGUCGUCCGGGCUCUUUCGGGAUUUCUGCGACGACAUCCUUAUAAACCGGCUCCCCCACGACUACCUGUGUGGAAAGGUCGUGGACAUYGACCGCUGCGACCAGACCCCGAGCCGGCCGGGAAGGCCACUGCCCUUUUGCGUGUCGAUCGACGACGGAAGCGGCGGCCCCCCCUCCAGGAUCACCGCAAGCGCCGUGGUCCUGGCCAUGGGGGCGAUCGGGAGGCCGAUCGUCCCGAGGUGCCUCUCGUCGCUGCCCCCCUCGAAACUGGUGCACUGGAAGAACCUCAAGGACCGCAACGGCGAGCCAAAGACCRCAGAGGAGCCCCGCCGGAUMCUGGUGGUGGGCGGCGGGCUGACGGCCGUCCAGACGGCCCAGUACGCCCUGCGGAGGCACCCMCGGGCGGAGAAGGUCGUCCUGUGCAGCCGCAGRCCGAUCACCGAAAAGAACUUUGACGUGUCGGAGAACUGGUUCGACCGGAGGUCUUCCAACCGGCUCAUCGGGGAGUUUUACCACCGGCCGGUCGAGGAACGCCUGGCCGUACUGAGGGAGGCCCGGGGGGGCGGGAGCGUACCUUCGGGGUACAUGGACGAGGUCCGGCGCCAGCAGGCCCGGGAGCCGGGGCGGCUGGUCUGCCUCGACGGGGAUAUUUUCCUCCGCGACGAGAACCACAGCGGCGAAACGGCGGRAGAGAAAAAAGACUGCGACGGCGAGUCCGGCUGCCAAGGGGCUCCCGAUCCGGGUGGGAUAUCCGUGACGAUUGUUCAGAAACAGAGGAACCACCACGGAAAGGCUUCUUCCUGCGGGGCCACGGGCAAGGAUGGGGAAAGGAACGACAAAAGGAGGCACGACUUUGAGUUCGACGCCGUCUGGCUGGCCUGCGGCAUCGAGCCGGACUGCACCGCCUCCCCCCUCGUCGACAAGCUCCUGCAGAGGUGGCCGAUCCCCACGACCGGGGGCUUCCCCUCCGUCUCGGAGGACCUGGAGUGGUGCCCCGACCGGUGCCCCAAYCUGCUGGUGGUGGGGAGCCUCUCGAGCCUCAACACGGGACCCGACGCGGCAAACCUGAUGGGGAUUCGCCGGAGCGCGGCCAAGGCCGCAAACUCCHUGGACUGCCGGUCCUGGCUGCGGGUGGACGGGGACGACCCCGAGGCGGCGGGAGGCGACCAAGACUCGGACCACGGCCACGGUGGGGGAGGGGUCCUCACGAAUCCCUUUAAGCACCUGCAGUGGGGCGACAGCGAUUCCGACACKGAGGACGAUUCGUCGGAAUGCUCCUGCUGCGAGGAGAAGCGUGGSUAGCCGCGGAGCGAGCCAAACCAGCCCAAUCGAAUACGACACCGUAGUAUGCUGUGUUAGAGAUAACAAAUAGACUAGAAUACA